AUGGAUCUGGAUCAUCGCAACGGCUAUCAUCAGUCAGAAAACUCUCACAACCAAGGAAAUGUGAUUCACAAAUGUGCGAUGUAUGAAGCAAAAAGGCCUUUGGGUGACCGCACUGUUCUGGGAAACUUAACAAAUAGACAACGGAACGAUUCGGCACGUGAGGCAUUUAUUGGCUCCCAGUUCAAUCCAAUUCACAAAAAUUGCAAGUUGAUAAAUGCAGAAGCUAAAUACUCAUCAAUAGUUUCAGCUACAUUGGGUCAUGGAGAUUUGAACUCAACAUCAAGUGCAGAUAGUGGUUAUGGCAGCAUAAACACUGAAUCGAUUGUUGUGGAAUCCAAACUUACAUCCAAAUCGUUAACACAAUCACUUUUGUGCUGUAAAUCAUUGAAUUCCGAACAAUCAAUAUCAAAACGACCUCGUUAUGAUGAAUCUGAUACAACUUCCCAGGUAGAAGUAUCUUGCGUUGAUGAAGAUUCAGAUGAUGAUAGACGACCAUUUGAAUCAAAGCUGGCUUGUGAUAUUGUUCGAGCUGCAUUUGCUGAUCGUGUUCAGUUGGAAGAACUUUUAGCAGAAUGUAGAAGGGCCGAUUUCGCUAUUUCAGCCUUGGAUCGCUCUCCGGUUGAUCGCAUGAUGGAAGCUACAGACUAUAUUGUUGGGAUAAUGGCCUAUGAACAAACAAGGGAAGCAAAAGAAGAUUUUCAAGUGAAUGAUUUUUUGGCUGCUGGUAAACAACCUAAUCUCAAUGCUGAUAUGUUAACAACACUAGCCGAUUGGCUAGUCGAGGUUCAAGAAAAUUUCGCAUUGAAUCAUGAAACAAUUCAUUUGGCUUGGGGUCUUUUAUACGCGUUUUUAGAUCGUGGUCAACCACUGGCUCGGCGUGAGAUUCAGUUAAUGGCAUGUGCUGCAAUCAUGGUUGCUUGCAAACAUGAAGAACGACAAAUGCCUCAUCUGAAUGAAUUUUUGUACAUAACGGACAACGCGUAUACAAAAGAAGAAUUCAUUGAAGCUGAACGCCGUCUACUGAUAGCGAUCGAUUUUGCUGUACAUCGUCCAAAUCCUUAUGUUUUUUUGCGUCGUUAUGCUAGGGUUUUAGAUGCACAUAGUGGGCCAGUUCAGUUCACAUCACGAUUUCUUUUGGAAGCUGGUAUGCACAGUCAUACUAUUAGUUUGAAACGUGAGUCGCGCAAAGCUGCAGCUGUAUUGUGGCUUGCUCGAGUUGUUCUUCGUAAUCCGGCUUAUGCUGACUGGACACGCAGAGCUGAUGUACAUCAACUUAGGCACUUGAUACAAAACAAUCCUUUAGCUCAAGCAUAUUAUGCUCAUUGUCGAAAUCAGAAGUCUAAGAUAACCAACAACAAGGACAAUGCGCGAUCAAGAUUAAACCAAAUUGUUACAGCCAAUGCAGAUUUAUCAAGAUCCACUUACGAUCUGUCUGCUACGAAUUCAUGUGACAAUGAAUGUUUCCAGACUAAAUUCACCGAAAAGACUUCGUAUGGCUUGUCUACAGCCUGUGAUAAUUCUGACGAGUCAUCCAAUGAAGGAAAAUACACAAAUUUCUCAACACUUAUACGUGCACCUCAUUCCACACCGAGUGGUCAUAACCAUCAUAUGUCAACCUCUGUGAUUGAUUCUUUCUCUGAAAACCAUAUAUUUGACGGUUUAGAUCCUUCUAUUAAAUCGGAUCUCGAAGCGCUGAGAUUAGAGGAAGAACAACGUCAACCAUUGUGGCCUCCAAUUUUGGAGCAUAUCACAGGUUAUAAAGAAGCUAAUUUAAUUCCGCUAGCUUUACGCUACCAUGCAAUAGCUUUAAGAUUAAUAGCUGAAGUUGCUCGUGGUGGACAUUUGGCUGUUGCCAAUGCCAUUACAUCUGAUCAACCUACCAAUUUAAGUGUGAAACAAAAUAAUGAUGCAAAUGUUCAUAUGAUCGACGUUGAUGUGGAGGAUCCAUCUAAUCCGCAGAACUCACGUUGUGUAUCACCCGGGGGCCAUUAUUUGCGUCGCCAGUCUGUUACUAAAUAUUGUUCAAGUGCAUUUUUGAGUGUCGCUGAUGCCUAUCCUCAAUUGUCAUUUGACAAUUUUGUUCCAUAUUUCCCAUCUAUCCAAUGCGCAGAAACAUGUACGUGCUUUGUUUGUACAAAUCUUAUUCGUCGUUCUAAUUAA